UCUUAACUACAGUAUCCAAGAAACUAAAGUUUACAGAAAGUGCUUGGGAAACACUGUCAGUAAAAAGUAGCACUUUAUGGAAAAUGACGAGCCUCUAUCAGAUUGCUGGCGGAAUCCUAACUGCAUUUGGCACCCUAAGCAUUAUUUCAGGGGUUAUAGCCUUUUUUCCUGUCUUCAGCUACAAUCCUUUAUUUAUUGGUUGGAGUACACGGAUUGCCUGUCCUAUCUGGAACGGAGCACUGGCCCUGUCAAUUGGCAUUCUUGCACUUCUAUCUUAUCGUAAAUGGACACAAAGAUCACUGUGGGAAUCCGCAUUUACCCUGAGUCUUUUAAGUAUCAUCGGAUCCCCUGUUCAAUUUACAGUAGCCAUUGCAUCCAUACUUAUUGGUCCAUAUUGUUACUACACUUUUGCUGGAAUAUCUUCGACCAACUACAUUGGCUAUGCAAUCAAGUUUCCUUUCCCUUAUGCCAAUUUUCAGAAUGUAUGCCAAGUACCCUUACACUAUGAAUGGUAUCAUCUGGCUUUACAAAUCUUCGACCUGACCUCAAGUGUUUUCAUUAUGUGCUCAUCAUUAUCUUUGCUGAUCAAGCUAUCGGCCAGGUUACUACGAACAGGGACAUUAAACGGAAGAAAAAUUAUCUGGUGACAUGUUCAUAUCAUGAGGCGUUGUCAUCAUGGAAAGCUGCAAAGAAAAAUGCACUGAUGCUUGUGUCACAUUUCAUUUACUUACAUGAAAUAGCAAAUGUCUCGCCUGCUUAACAAUGUAUAGGUAAACUGCACGUGUUUCAGGACAGGUUUUCACUAACAUAACUUAAAAGUAUUUUCCAAGACUUGAGAACUGAUAAUCUAUCCUCAGGCUAGGUCAUCAGUAUCUGAUCAGUGGGGGUCCGACACCCAGGAACCCCGCCGAUUAUCUGUUUGAGCACCGGUGACUUCUUUCAGCUCACCAAGCAUAGCGCUGUAUAUUGUAUAACCACUGUGCUUGUUAACGCGCUCAGCCCGUCACUUCUAUGGGGCUGACGCUGCGCCAAGGUUAUGUGACCGAUGAAUGUGUCAUCACUGGCCUAGGAAAAGCUGAGAGAAGGCUGGCGCUAAUGAGAGCACUGGUGCCUUCUCAAACAGCUGAUUGGCGGGGUUCCCGGGUGUCGUGCCCCCACCGAUUAGAUAAUGAUGACCUAUCCAGAUGAAAGGUCAUCAGUAAUAAAGUCUCAGAAAAUCCCUUUAAUGGCUAUGUCCACUUUUGAACAUCACUUCACAGCUAUAUAUUUUGAUAUAUAAUAUUUAUUUAUAUUACACAUAAAAUGUACAAUAAAUGUGUAAAUAAAUUGCAUUAUUUAAUUGCUAUUCAAGCACGUCAAACUGCAUUGAGACCAGAGCUGCACACACAAUUCUGCUAGGCGUCACUGCAAACAUAUUGACAGACAGACAGCUAACAGUAAGCUCGUAUAAUGCUCAUAUAAUGCAGUGUGUGUAGGAUUACUGUACAGCGGCAGAAGUAAACUGUGCAGAUACUGAAAAUGUAGCAAAUACUGGAAGAUUUCAGCAGAAGGGUGCAUUCAGGGUGCGGUCUGCAAAAACACAGAUCUGCAAAAAAGCAAAAAAUAUGGAUGACAUCCCUGUGACAUCCGUGUUGCAUUUGUUUUUGUUUUUUUGCAGACCAAUUGUAACAAUGCCUAUUCUUGUCUGCAAAAUAGGCAAGAAUAGGACAUCUUUUUUGCGAGGCUGCGGAACAGACAUACAGAAAUAAAUGGGUCUGCAUCUGAUCUGCAAAAUAUGUGGAUCGGAUGUGGAGCCAAAAUAGGGUUGUGCGAAUGGGGUCGAACUCUGAUUGCAGCUCUGUACCAUAAAUCUGGUUGUAGUUCGGCACCAGUACAACAUUUUGAAUGUAUGAUUUGUUCCUGGACCUGUCACCUCUCCUGACAUAUCUGUUCUAGUAAAUAAUUGUAUUCCCCAAAAAAUAACAAUUCUGGAUCAUCAUUUCUUAGGUGACUUUAGAAGGCCUGAUGCUGAGCCAUAAUGAGGGCUGAUUGACCAUAAAACAAGUCACUUGGCACUUAUUUAAAGUGCCUUCACACCAGCUGAUGGAAACUGCAUGGGGCGAACUGUCAUUGCUAUGAUUGUCCCCAUACAGAUUACAUUUUGUCUAUAACACAACCCCUGUUCACAUAGGUAGAUGUGCUGCCAAAGAGAAAGCAUUUUUACACCUGCACAAAAGAUCCAAUCAGCUGACAAACAAGUAUUUGCUAAUUUGCUGGCUGAUUCCUGCCCUGUUUACACUGGGCAAUGAUCAGGAACCAGUGUUCUAAUGAACUGCUUAUUGUCUGCCCAAUCAUUGACCCUUGUAAAAAAAAAAAAAAAGCCAUCAAACACCAUAUAACUGUAUCUCAUGGUGAGAACUAACUUCCCAAACCUUUAAUGUGUAGUUGUG